AUGAGUAGCGUGCAAUGUGUUGAUCAGAAAAGCAGUGGUAGUGACAGUAGCAGUACUGGAGAAGAAGAGAGGCUUAAACAACUGUUUUUAAGCUGUGAUUCUAAUAAUGAUGGAUGUUUGAAUUGUGAAGACUUAUAUGACAUGUGUAGGAAACUGAAUAUGGCAGAAUGCGCCGAGGAAAUUAUCAACACCUUAGGUGCAAAUACAAAGGGAAACAUAACAUUCGAUGAGUUUCUCAGUUGCCGAGAAAAGGUGUUUCGAAUGCAAACUGAAGCUGAUACAAUGUAUUUUACAAAGCCUAACUCGACGCAACAUCAAAACUUCAAACAGUGUGGAACAAACUGGCCUACUUACACACACGAUAGGUCACUUGGGAGAAAUCAAAAAUGUGUUGAUGAAAGAAGUAGUAACUCUUUUCAUAAAUUGCAUGAGAAUACUAAUCUCGGAAGUUCUGCCAGUGAGACCAGUCUUGGCAACUCAGGUGCUGAAUAUGAUUCAGGAGCUCAAGAUCUUUGUGGUGAACCACAAAGUUUACACUUAUUACUGCAACGUGAUUUUGCUGAUUUAUACAAUGUUGUAUUUCCAUUUCUAAAUAAUACAAAUCUUAAUAAUCCGUAUAAAAGAGAAAGUCAUACAAUUCCAGAUGAUUCUAUCUUAUUACCUAAACCUAAUACAAUCGAAAAUGGAGAUGAUAAUAUUAAUAAUAAUACGACUAAAAAUUAUACAAAUAAAGAAUUGAUAAAUACAAUAAAUUUUCAUUCAAAAGAAAAAUUGAAUAACCAUGUUAAACCUGUAAAAAUGGAAUUAUCUAAUGUACAAUUAACAAGUGAAUCAAAUCCUUAUUUAAUUCAUGUUCGAAAUUUAUUUGAAUGUGCUAAUACACUACAUAUUCAACGAACAGCUCAAUUACGUUCUGAAAUCCGGGAUUUAUCACAUAGAUUACAAGGUUUACAGACAAGUCGAGAUAUGAGUUAUCGAGAAAUUCAACGUUUACAAAAAGAGAAAGAACAAUUACGCAAUGAACUAACUAAUCAAAUUUCUCGUUAUGAAGAUCGUUUAACUGAAUUACACAGUGUAAUCGCUGAGUUACAACGUCGAUUAAAGCAUUCUGAAUCAAAUAUUAUUCAUGAAGUUGAAGAAUUUGAGGAUAAUGAAGUCGAUGAUGAGGAGGAGGAGCAAGAACAACAAGAAGAAGACGAAGAAGCAGAUGCUGUGAAUCGAAGUGAAUCAGACAAAAAAUUGUGUAAAAAACGAUUAGAUAAUCAUUCUAAACUAUCAGUUAAUAAUUCAAUAAAUCAAUAUAAUGAAUCUAAUAUGAGUGAAAUUAGUGAUACAUCUGUUGAUGCAAUUAUGGAUGACGAUGAUGAAUGA